CUACUCUCCAAUUACACCUUUUCUCAGAUUGGUCUGUAGGACUGCAUCCUUGUGAACAUGACUUUGUACAGGACACUGAUCAUAGAGGGACAACGUAAGGCUCAUUUUGAAGAAUGUGAUGCAGAAAAGAAGCAAAACAUAGAGAAGAUUGUUCAGCUUAAGAAGGAAAUCAAAGAAAUGUAUCUUGAACGAGGAAAACCAGGACAGUGUGAUGAACUUCCUGUGAAGUCUAACUAUAGAAAUGCCAAGGGAGUGUACGUCUUAAGGAGAAAGAAGAAUUAUGAGGUUGCUGGAAUACUUGAUGACAGAAUAUGCGGCCUGAAGAAGAAGCUGGACGUGCUACGACACCAGUCGAGGGUGGCACAAAGACGAAUGAAAACACUCGCAAGUGAAUACCAAGAGCUACUUCAGAGUGUUUUUUCUACGCAAAGAAAAGAUUUGGGUGAUAAUUUGUCGUCAAAGCAAGUAUGCUCGCUAGAGAACCAGAUACAUCGUGUGGAGAUGAACAUGAUGGAAGCAGAGCAUGUGAAAAAGAAGUACCGUUCUAUUCGAACAAGUCUCCUUGAUGACAGCGUUGAGUUUGAGAGCACACUGAAAAGACUGGAAAACAUGAUACAGAAGCAACAAGCGGAAAUAAAUCAUCUACAGGAGAUAAACAAAGAGGCAAUGGAUCUCCGAGACAUGACAAAAGGGACGCUGGUGAAACAAGAAACGAUAGCUCUGAACGCUGGGAAACUCAGGGAGAGACAGCUCCAGGAAUUCAGGUUGCAGGUAGAGGAACGACGUUUGGAGCUAGAGCGCUUAGAAAGACGAAUUUUUCCUACGAGUCGCCCUAUGGUACAUCAAGACUCAACGAGUUCAAACGAUGCUGCUCAGACGAUGGCCGAAGAGACGGCAGCUGCAGCGGCGACGGAUUUCCUUGAAAAUGCGUUUGCCAAACUGAAGGAAGCAACAGGAGAAUCGGAGACUGAGGAAGUUCUACACCGGUUUCUGUCGCAGAGAGAAACAAUGUCUCGCCUCACGUACCUGAAAAACAUCACCGAAGAAGAGAAAAGAGACUUGGAAAUAAAAAAGGAUUUUAUGAUGGCUGAACUGGAAGCAUUUAAGUUCGCAGAAGUCAAGGACAAGGAACAGAAUAUGGAAGAAGUUGAGAAUCUCAAACAGUUAAUAGAGAAGCAGAACAAAAGAAAAGAAAAAUUAGAUGAGCAAAUAAAAAGGAUAACUCAGCAACUACUUGAAAUAAAUGAAAUACUGUUCGGGUUUUGUCUGAAGCUUCAGGAUGUGGACGAUGUACCUUUGCCUGCACAGACGUCCGACUUCGGUACUGUCAAAGAAGUGCUUCACAUCUUAGAGCACAAAAUACAGAGCGCUGUGCAGAUUUUGUGCCAAAGGGAAGAAGCAAGAAAAGAGGCCAUGGAGGAAGGUGUAAGUAUCCUUAGCACAUAUCUCCGUCUCCUAGAAGAUGAAGUGCCUUAG